AUGUUUGUAUCGUCGAAAAUGAAUCAAAUUCCAGUCUGGGUAUUUCUCAUAUCGUUGUUUCUCCUCUUACAUUCGACAAAGUCUGAGGAAGAAGAGGUUAAACACUCGUUGCUGAGUUUUUUCACUAAAUUGUCGAAUAACAAUGGGCCAUUGGAUUCCAUUACAGGUUGGAAUUUAACCUCUGAUCCUUGCAAGGAUCAGUGGAAGGGUAUAAUCUGCGAUAAAAGGGCUCUUUCAGUGAAGAAAAUCUUUCUUGAUGGCUUGAAUUUUUCCGGAACUUUUGAUGCUGCCACUCUUUGCACCGCGAAAUCUCUUGUUGCAUCUCUCACUGUUGUAAGUCUCAAUGAUAACAAUAUCCGAGGAGAGAACCUGGAGGAGAUUGAAAAUUGCAGACAACUCGAAAUCUUGUACAUAAGGGGAAACCAAUUUUCUGGCAGCCUCCCGAACUCUCUUCCCAGAUUGAUUAAUCUGAAAAGACUUUAUAUAUCAAACAACAAUUUUUCUGGAAGCUUGCCUGAUUUGGCCAGACUAUCGGGUUUGACAGAGUUUCUUGCUCAAAAUAAUCAGCUCUCUGGUGCUAUACCCAACUUUGAUUUUGCCAAUUUUGGGGUAUUUAAUGUCUCCUAUAAUCAUUUCAAAGGUCCUAUUCCCCGGGGAGGUGCACGUUUUCCUGUGAGCAGCUACAUCAACAAUCCUGAAUUGUGUGGUGACCCAUUGCCAAAUUGCCCAAUACCACUCGCAGCCUCAGCAUUGCCCUCAGCCCCAGGAACACAAAAAUCGAAUGGUGGCAUCUCGAGAAAUCAAAUUCUUAUGUUCUCAGGCUAUUUUCUUCUAGGUUUGGCUUUGCUCAUUCUCAUCAUUCUCAGACUGCUUCGCAAAAGAGAAAAAAUAAAAGAAGAGAAGAUUGAAGCAGUUAACAAUGUCGCAGCAGUUGAUGGUGGUUUCAAAAAGCCUAAUUUCAAUUCAAAAGAUGAUAAAUUAGAUGAGAUCAAAUCCGAAAUCUCUGAUGUCUCGGGUGAAAGUGGGGUGUUUUCAUCAUCUCUGGUAGUUCUACCUUGUUCAGAUGUGAAUGAACUAAGAUUUGAGAAUUUGUUUAAGGCCCCUGCAGAGUUACUUGGGAGAGGAAGGCAUGGAAGUUUGUAUAAGGUCAUAUGUGAGGAUCAAGCCAUGCCUCUGGCUGUCAAGAGGAUUCAGGGUUGGAUUAUGUCGGGCAAUGAUUUCAUGCGGAGGAUGCAGAGGCUAGAUCAAGUGAAGCAUCCAAAUGUAUUGCCAGCAAUUGCAUUUUAUUGCUCCAGGCAAGAGAAGCUUUUGGUCUAUGAGUAUCAGAAGAAUGGAAGUCUCUCCAAGCUUCUCCAUGGAACCCAAAGGGGCAAGGCCUUUGACUGGAGCAGCAGACUUAGUAUUGCAGCAACCAUUGCCGAGGCCUUAGCUUUCAUGCACCAACAGCUUCAUAACGAUGGGAUUGCUCAUGGAAACCUGAAAUCCUCAAACAUCUUACUAAACAAAAACAUGGAGCCCUGCAUCAGUGAGUAUGGUCUAAUGGUGGUGGGCAAUCAAAGCCUCAGUGUCAAUGGUUUUCAAGCUAAAGAAGAAACAGAAGACGGUGGCUUCAAAGCAGACAUUUAUGGUUUCGGAGUAAUCCUUCUGGAGCUACUUACAGGGAAGAUGGUGCAGAACAAUGGGAUGGAUUUGGCUAGAUGGGUUGUCUCUGUGGUUAGAGAAGAAUGGACUGUGGAAGUGUUUGACAAAGCCCUAAUUCAAGAAGGUGCAAGUGAAGAGAGAAUGGUGAACUUGUUACAAAUAGCUGUGAAAUGUGUUGAUCGUUCACCAGAGGCUAGGCCUGGCAUGAAGCAAAUUGCUCGAAUGCUCAAUACCAUUAAAGGAGAGGAAGAAGAGAGAUCGAUGGAUGCUUCUGAACCAUGA